UUUCGCCACGUGUUCUUUUUUACUUCGGUACGGUGCCUACGCCGUAGCACUACUGUCCAACUCCCCAUGCUUAUAUCAAGGAAGAAAAAAGUAACCUUUCGGGGGCAGUUUUAAAACUCUCGAACCGCAAAAAAUAUAAAUUCCACUCACAGAAAAUAAUUGCAUCUGCAUUACCAUCUCCUUUUCAAAUUCCUUAAAAUCUCAGAUCAAUCCGGUAUGGAGAGCGGCGGCGGCGGCGGCGGCGGCGGCGACGCCGUAGGGGAAAGUCGGAGGGAAUUGCUGAGCGCAGCGGAGAUCGAAAACCCGACGUGGAGGCUCAACAUAAACGAGUUCCGAUUGCCGGAGCGCGACUCCGAUCACCGUAAUCAGUCCUUCAGUAUCCGACGGCUCCUUCGAAAUAAAAGAAAACAACAUAAAAAAGUUGCUGAAUAUUACAAAAAGCAAGAGCUACUCCUCGAAGGAUUCAACGACAUGGAGACUAUCCAUGAAGCUGGUUCUUUACCAGAUACUCCAACAGAGGAUGAACUGAAAAGUCUUGCCAAGAGCGAAAGGAUGGCUGUCCAUGUGUCGAAUAUAGCUAAUUUGAUCCUUUUCGUAGCAAAAGUUUAUGCCUCUAUUGAGAGCAGGUCUUUGGCUGUCAUUGCAUCGACAAUGGAUUCUUUCUUAGAUCUGUUAUCGGGGCUGAUCUUGUGGUUUACUUCCCAUCAAAUGAGACAUCCGAACCAGUAUCACUACCCAAUCGGGAAAAAACGGAUGCAACCAGUCGGGAUUAUUGUUUUCGCGUCUGUAAUGGCAACUCUAGGAUUGCAAAUUAUACUGGAGUCUGUUCGGCAACUCAUUGCAAAGACUGGCUCUGGCCCUGAUAUGGACCAUGACAAGGAGAUGUGGAUGAUUGGAAUCAUGGUCUCCGUUACUGUAGUAAAGUUUUUCCUUAUGCUCUACUGCCGAAGAUUUAAGAAUGAAAUCGUUAGAGCAUACGCUCAAGACCAUUUUUUCGAUGUCAUAACCAACUCGAUCGGAUUAGUCACUGCCGUGUUAGCCGUCCGAUUCUACUGGUGGAUCGAUCCUGCUGGAGCCAUAAUUAUAGCAAUAUAUACAAUCAACACGUGGGCUAAAACGGUGAUUGAAAACGUGUGGUCAUUGAUCGGAAGAACAGCCCCACCGGACUUUCUUGCGAAAUUGACGUAUCUAAUAUGGAACCACCAUAGAGAGAUCCAGCAUAUAGAUACAGUGAGAGCGUAUACUUUUGGCUCUCAUUACUUUGUGGAGGUCGACAUAGUUUUGCCCGAAGAUAUGAUGUUGAGCCAAGCGCACAAUAUUGGUGAAACGUUGCAAGAGAAGCUGGAGCAGCUCCCUGAAGUUGAGAGAGCUUUUGUUCAUAUAGACUUUGAGUUUACUCAUAGACCAGAACACAAGAGCAAAGUAUGAUCUUGGCAUGAUAAAAUAAAAAUUGGGGUACUACUGUAAUUUCUAGAUUUCAUCUCUAAUUAUCGAAAAGGCCCCCCUAAAUCUGCAGUUUUUAGUUUUGAGACCCCCUACUCGGGCUUUGAACGCUUGACAUCUUUUGCAUAAGUUAAAACAUUAAAGUUUUACGAUUUGCGAUUUGAUUUAACGGUUCAUUACGAGGUUUAAGCUUGUUGAUUCAAAUAUUUA